GACAAUCUCAUGUUCGCUGUUGAGGAUGAAGAUGACAUUAACAAUGUCGACGAUGGUGGUAAUGCCGCCGCCAUAUCGAAACCACCUGUGGCUGCCACACGUUCAACGCUAACGGCUCAUUAUGCAGCUGGCGCAAAGCCGCCAGUUGCCGCGCGCACCACACCCGCCGCCUGCAUCGAACAGCGCCUGCCCGCCUUUAAGGCACACAGCGACAACACGGCCAAUGUGCAGGUGGUGUUGCUACAAAAUCAAGUGGACACACUACAAUGGCAAUUGAAGCAGGUGGAAACAAGUAAUGAGAUGUAUCGUGCUGUCAUCGAAGAGAUCGCACGUUUCCUUGAUCGUUAUCAAACGCAAAAACAACAACAACGCCAAUUACAACAACAGCAACAGAUAUCCCGUUCCAAGAGUCUCUACCAAGUGUACGAUGGCAACAGCGCCGGCGAAGGUCAUGAACAAAGCGCCAGCGGUGUUGCUGUCUUUGGAGAUAAAUCAAUAAGCACAUCUUCUGCGUGUUUGCGCACGCGCAGCACCAGCAACCUGAUCGUAGACCUCAAGCAAUCGGCCAUACACAAUGGCAACGCCACAAAAUCAGGUGGCGCCAACAUGAAGCACAGCAGUCUGGCCACAGCAGCAGCAGAUAAGCGGAGUUAUGAUGCCAUUAACACAACCAACAACAAUGCAUACACAACAUUCAAGGACUUUACCUGGCGCCGUUCACCCAAAAAGUAUGCCGAGUCCAAAGCUCAGGCCGCCGCUGAUGAUCUUGAGGAAAAACUCAACCAGGAAGCUUUUCGUCUGUCGCGCACCAUUCACAAUCUACUCAACACAUCUACACGUCAACCGGAUUUAACGCAACACCGUAACGCCGCGUCCGCGUGCAACAAUGCACUGCAUGCGAAAGUGGCGAAACCCACAACAAUACCGACCAACAUACCGACAACACUCAUUACACCUGCUCAAAACAAUGCGAGCAACAAAAUGAAUGCCACAGCUGCUGCGGACAAGCACAACAGUCGCAACGUCCCAGCCGCCGCCACCAACUCGCUUGCCAACGCCACUGCGGAUAUGCUCUUCCUGCGCGCCAACAACAUACGCGACUCGCGCCUAUCGUUGCGUAGUUCCACUGAUAGCUCUGUACAUUCCACCACCUCCAAUUCGUCUGCGGUGUCCACCUCAUCCUCUUCGGCAGCUUCGACUUCAUCGAGCAAGGUGGAAACGGACGAAGAUGUCACACUACAUCAUCCCUUCCAUCCGAUUGCGCUGUCGUCAUUCAAACAGCACCAACAUCCGCUCAGUUCAGCCACCGAAGACGAGAGUGGCUUCAGUUCGAUUAGCUCAUUUCAGGAUAUCGGUUUACCGCUGUGCUCCACAAUGAUUUCGAACGGCACAUCCACACCGAAUCGCUUAUCGUUGGCCAGCGUCAAAUUGGACUCAACCAGCUUGGGCAAUGGCAACGGUGCGACCGUUGCUGGGCUGUGUGAUGUCGAGCCGCGCGAAUACGCGUGCGAUAGCCGUAAUUCGACCUUGAAAGCCAAUCAUCCCGGCAAUGUGCUGGGCGUACCACUGCAAGCUACACACGACAUGCAACACCGUUGGGACACAACAUCGAAAACUAGUUAUCGCAACGCCAACAAGUAUCAGCGUUUCUCCACGCUCUCCAAUGAGGAGGCGUCCGCUGUACUUUGGGUGUAGGAACGCGCAAAUCGGCCUCAAUUCUACUUAGUGCAUUUAAUUUAUUAAAUGUUUCUUUUAGUAAAGAAAUCGAAAGAAGCACAUACAUACACAUACAUAUAUAGUAGAUAUUUAUAAGUAUAUUUAACUUGGUUUCAUUUCGGCGAAUUUUAAAGGAAAUUUUAA